CACAAGUUGAUGCGUAAAGUAGUGACUAAGACUAUUGAGGGUACAAGAAGAGGAAACCAAAGUCUGCUCUCCAGCACAAGGCAGCCUCAGACGCGCAUCUAAUACAACUUCAGCAUUCAACAGGCUGCUAAAAAAACUAAAGGAAACAAAAAACAAAGCUCAGAAAGAAGAAAAGGAUUUGAAACAGAUCUGAGGUGGAGCUUAGCUGACCCUCCUGCUGGCUCAUUGUGUUAGUUUGAGGACUAGUGCUGAAGGAAAAUGCUGUGGAGAUUGAGUCUUGCGCUGGCUGUGGUGUGUGUCAGCGGCAUUCGUAGCAGUGUGAAGGCUGAUGUGAUGAGCAAGCUGAUCAUCCCGAGGGACUAUGGGGUGAAACUGUGCGGGAGAGAGUUCAUCAGAGCCGUCAUUUUCACCUGCGGAGGCUCCCGCUGGAAACGAUCCACAGAAGGGGACUCUGUUCCCUCACAGUGGAGUUCCUUCCGUGACGUUACAGUGGAGGAUCGCCAUCAAACCUGGCAACCCGCCCCAGAGCUCUCAGAAGAUAACCUCACUCCUCCCCACGUUGCCUCCUCUUACUCCCUGGCUGACCUCCUGGCUCUCUUCGGAGCCGGCCAGCAUUCGACGAGAGACCCAGAGAUGGUGGAGAGGUCUCAGCCAUUGAUGGCUUGGGGCGAGCAAGACGAGCACCUUGCCGCAGGUGACUGGCUCGUAUCGAGCAAGAGGAAGAGGAACUUUUCUCUGGGUGUGGCGGGAAAGUGCUGCAGCCAGGGGUGUACCAAAAAUGAUAUCGGACGCUUGUGUUGAGGCGGGGGAGGGGGUAUGGUGGAGAAGGUUGGGAUGAUGGCAGAGGGGUUGUGAUGUGAAGAAGGGGUGAUGGGCGGUAAAAGACAGUGGCUGAAACAUCCAGGUUAUUGUGUAGAGAAAUUCACAUCUGCUGUUAACAAGGCUGUAGUUAGCAAACACCACUUAUGUCUUAUUGCACAGAAUUAAAACAUAGAGAUGAAUUAUUUAAAGAGCCUCAUCCCCUUACUUCUACUUCAUGUCUGUCAGAAUUUCUUUUCUUCUCCUCACUUGUUUAAUAUUUUGUUUGAGAAAAGAUCAUGUUCUAUUCUGUCUGCUUUU